CAAAAUUCUUGAACUGAUCAACUACGGAAGCUUCAAAAACUGAACAGUAGCAGCGCUGUAUAUUUUACUCUCAAAAAGGUAUGUGAAAGGGGUAAAAAUAUAGACUGCCAAUGGACAAAUCAUGGAUACCGUAAGAACACAUGCACAAGGGUGGAAGUGCAGAGAGCUAAAGUUUCAUUAAAAAGUGAGAAGGCAAGAAAGCAAGCAAGAGGCGCCCCAGUUUUCCAAAAGCGCCUCAGUUUUCCAAAACUAUCACAGCAUUAUUAAAGACAAGCCUCCACAAAGCAAAGCCAGGCAUACUAGAAUACACACAAGCACACCCCUUGAAGAACCACAUGCAGUCAUCAGAAUCAAAAGUAGUCCAAGGGGAGAAGAAAAGCAUGCUUGUACCAGACCACUCAGAGAAACACCACUCCAAUCAGUAGAACUGAGACAAGAGCCAAACUCAAGAACAAGACCCAGCAUCAAUCAUAGCCAUAUCAUAUAAACCAAGGCCAGGACACACAGCAAGAACAAGGAGCAGUAGGAACAGCAUCAAUCAAGAUGUACCCUUACCGGUUCAGCAAUGUGCUGAUCGGCUACCUCAACCUGGCAACGCUCCUCGCCUCGAUUCCGAUCAUCGGGGCAGGGCUCUGGCUGGCCAAGGGCUCGACGACAACAUGCUCGUCAAUACUGCAGACACCGCUCCUCAUCAUCGGCUUUGUCGUGCUCUUGAUCUCUCUUGCUGGUUUCGUGGGCGCUUGCUUCCAUGUCGCUUGGGCGUUGUGGCUCUACCUCCUCGCCAUUAUGCUGCUCAUAGCCAUGCUCCUUGGGCUCACCGUGUUCGGGUUCACCGUCACGGCAGGAGGCGGUGGUACACAGGUGCCUGGCAGACCUUACAGGGAGUACCACAUCUCAGACUACUCCUCAUGGCUCCAGAAGCACAUGCAGGACAUCAAGUACUGGCGGCCAGCUCUUGCCUGUGUAGUUGGGUCCAAGGCCUGCGCCAAGAUUGAAAACUGGACUCCCAUGGAUUACCUCCAGCAUGAUCUCACGCCAAUACAGUCUGGCUGCUGCAAACCACCGACAUCAUGCCAGUACAGCGGAGGCAUGCCUGUCGGAGCGCAGGACGAGGACUGCUACCGUUGGAACAAUGAUCUGAACAUCCUAUGCUACCAGUGCAACUCGUGCAAGGCCGGAGUAAUGGAGCAGGUCCGCCAGGACUGGCACAAGGUCUCCGUCCUCAACGUCAUCGUGCUUGUCACCCUCAUCUGCAUCUGUUCCUGUGGGUGCUGCGCCUUCAGAAAUGCUAGCCGCUCCGUGUCCGAGUACCCAUAUGGGGUAAACCGCAUGUCCAAGAUCCGCCCACGCUGGGACUACUACUGGUGGCGAUGGUGGCGUGAUAGGAGAGAGCAGCUCUACUAGGCUAGCUCUUGGUACUCAACACUUUUAUGAUAUUUUGCUCCUACAUCUUGUAUCAAAAAACUAAUAGUACUUGGGAGCUGGGUCAGACCCUGUGGUACUCUAUUUAUUUUCAUUUCUAUAGUUUCCUUGGUUUGAAUAAUUAAGCUUCUGUAGAUAUUUGAGUUGAGAGGAGAGUAGCAGAUAAAAAAGUAAAAGGGAUGUCUAGUUUUUCCAGUAUGGUAGCCAAUAUAUUUUGCAUCAUGUAGAAUUAUUCCAAAUGGUGUUAAAAAAAGAAGUGAUUCCAUGUAUAUGGGGGAAAACUGCACAACUAGCUAUGACUACAUAUCUACAGUUGGUGUGACUUCUAUUUUUAACAUGUUCUGGAUAUGGAUACCUUCUGCUAUGAUAACAAUGGAUUCAUACACUGAAGCUAAAUUGAAGACAGGCACUUCAGUAACCAUUGUUUUGAUGUAAUUAAAGCUUUCUUCACUGUGCAUCAUAAUUUUCUUUUCCAAGAUUUCGAUGCAUGAUGGUCUAUACAAAGUCUUCAUGCAGGAUGAAGAAGCAUGCAAACAAUGUAAUCAAAACUGUUGUGCAGUACCCAGCA